UGUCAUGGAUCGCGGCAUUAUGGAUGAUGGGUAUGGUCCUGCUCCGCCGCCGCUUCCGAGACGGGCACCGCCUCCCGCUAGGAAUAUUUAUGCAGAACCUUUUGCCACCGAACACAGAUUGAAUUCCCAAUUGUCGGGUGGUGUUGGACAAGGCAUUCCCGGCCAGAAUAGCAGUACGCUGUCGUCCAGCCAGCACUGUCCCUCGCUGGUGCCGGUGUUCCCGCUAAGGGCAGCGCACACAGGCGCCCAUGGUGCGCACUACUCCCCAUACUCGCCGUCCAGGUUUCACAUCGACAAACGAUGUCGGCACCGCUGCUCAUGGAAAUGUUUCAGCAUUGUCUUGAUAUUACUCAGUGUAGCACUUACUGCAAUGCUGGCUUAUUUUGCAGCUGUGAGUUCCAUGAAGCCCUCUAUCGAUCCAUCCAACUGCAUACUAGUACAAGACGUAAAAUCGGUCACACAUGACCAGAUGACGCAAGAUUCGGCAUCUACACAAAUUCCCACGGAAGAAUCGCCGCCUACCAGUACGGCCGAACACGGUAACGGUUUGGGUCCAGGUAGUUUUCAACAACAGACCUUACAGCAGUCUCAGCAACAGCAGGAGCAGUGGCCGUCGCCUGUGACGGAAUUGCGCGACUUCGAUGUUCCAUAUACUGCGAACGUUCCUCCGUAUCGCUUCUGGAAUUCCGAGUUCCGCAAUAAACAGCCGGCUUUCAUUCGACUGAACUUUACGCUGCCCUGGGGUGCCAAUUUUGCCGUCUACGGACGACGAAAUGUCGCCCCUAGCGUCACACAAUACGAUUUCGCCGAAUUCAUCAAAGGCGGACGAGUUGAUCAUAGGUUAAGGAAGCGGGAUACAAAUUCAUCACAAAGAAUCAGUAUCGAAAUUUUUAAUGAGCAUAAUGAUGAGCAAGAAAAUCAACGCAGUGCGCGAGAUGAAUAUCCAUUCGAAGAUGAUGCGAUGACCGAAUCGCCAUCGGCGAAUCCAAAACCAGACACCGAACUUCCAAGAGAUGAUCUUCACAUAAUUUACAAAAGAUCAAUUGACUCUAGCAACAUGGUUAAUGUUAGUUUGCUGCAAUAUUUGGACACAGGCCGAUGGUUUCUGGCCGUCUACAAUGACGAAUUAUUAGCGCAUACUGUCAAUUUGGUCGUCACAGAGGCUCAAGGUGUGAGCACCACUUGUCCAAAUGACUGUUCGGGGAGAGGUUCCUGUUAUUUGGGAAAAUGUGAUUGCAUUGAUGGUUUCCAAGGAACUGAUUGCUCUAAGAGUGUUUGUCCUGUAUUAUGUUCUUCUCAUGGACAAUACGGAGGUGGUAUUUGCCAUUGUGAAGAAGGUUGGAAAGGUGCUGAAUGUGAUGUGCCAAAACAUGAUUGUGAAGACCCGACUUGUUCUGGACAUGGUCGUUGCAAACAAGGCGAAUGCACCUGUGAACGAGGAUGGAAAGGAGCACGUUGUGAAUUAGAAGAUUGUUUGGAUCCAACUUGUUCAAAUCAUGGAACAUGUGUCGCUGGUCAAUGUUACUGCAAAGCUGGAUGGCAAGGUCCAGAUUGCGGAAACGUCGAUGAACAAGUUUAUCAGUGCUUGCCAGGUUGCUCCGAACAUGGGGUUUAUGAUUUGGAAAGUGGUCAAUGUGUUUGCGACAGACAUUGGACUGGGGCAGAUUGCUCUCAAGCCAUAUGCAGUCUUGACUGUGGUCCUCAUGGUACAUGUGAGCAAGGUCGUUGCAACUGCGUUCAAGGUUGGGCAGGUCCUUUAUGUGACCUCCUACCUUGCGAUGACCGAUGCUCGGAGCAUGGUCAAUGUAAGAAUGGAACCUGCGUUUGCUCUCAAGGAUGGAAUGGACGUCAUUGCACACUACCUGGAUGUGAAAAUGCCUGCAGCAGACACGGCCAAUGCACCUUGAACAAUGGAGAAUACAGCUGCAUGUGCAUUGAAGGAUGGGCUGGAAAAGAUUGUUCGAUUGCAUUGGAAAUGGAUUGCAACGACAAUAUUGAUAACGAUCACGAUGGAAUGACCGAUUGUUCGGACAGCGAAUGCUGUUCGCACCCCGCCUGCGCCGAACACAUUAUGUGUUUAGCUUCGAACGACCCGGUCGACGUCCUUCUUCGGAAGCAGCCACCUUCAGUCACUGCAUCUUUCUAUCAGAGAGUUAAAUUUCUGAUAGAAGAAAAUUCCGUACAGAGUUAUGCUCAUAUGGAUGAAUACAGCGAAAGCCGUGUGUCCGUAAUGCGGGGUCAAGUCGUGACUCCUCAGGGUCUUGGUAUUGUCGGAAUAAGGGUCUCGGUUGAUAGGGACUCGAGAUUCGGAUUCACAUUGACCCGACAAGGAGGAUGGUUCGACGUCUUGGUUAAUGGAGGAGGUGCUGUAACGUUGCAAUUUCAACGUUCUCCAUUCCGACCUUUGACCAGAACUGUAUUUGUGCCCUGGAAUCAAAUUGUAGCUUUACCUACUGUCCAUAUGCAAUUAAACGAAGAAACACCAAACGGUAUACCGCCAACAGUACCUAGUCCAGCCUUUAGUUUCUUAAGUUUGCCACAUUACCUGCCCGGCCAAGGGCAAGGUGCUUCUUGCGCCGCCCACGAUCACGAAUUGUUGAGGCCGAGAAUAGCGGCCACUUGGAUGCCUCAUGCUGUUGGAGGAAAACCUGGAAAAUCGCUCGUUUUUGCCGAAACACAGAUUGUGCAAGAGUCGAUACCCAUUCCUGGUUCUGGUCUGCAUCUCACUUAUCAAUCAUCCAGUGCUGCUGGGUAUCUGAGUGCUGUUAGGAUGCUGUUAACUGGACCAAGAAUUCCUAGCACAUUGACUCACGUGCACGUUGGUGUCGAGAUCGAAGGAUCUCUUCAUGUUAAAACAUACGAGGCUGAUCCAGAUCUUACUCAUACAUUCGCCUGGUCGAAACGAAAUGUAUAUAAGCAAAAGGUUUACGGGGUAGCUGUAGCCCGAAUUUCAGUUGGCUACCAACAUUCCACUUGUUCACAAGUAAUUUGGGAAACACAGACCGCACUUUUGCAAGGUUUUGAUGUCGACAUCUCAGAUAUUGGUGGCUGGGGCUUGAAUAUACAUCAUCACUACAACUUUCAUGAAGGUAUUCUUCAGAAAGGUGAUGGAGCUACUCUACACCUUAAACAGCAAUAUCCUCGUAUCGUCCGUUCAUCUAUGGGCACCGGUCAACAACGUGCCCUGGUUUGUAACGGGCGUUGCGAUGGCGCUGCAAUCGAUGCGCAAUUACUUACGCCCGUUGCACUUACAUCCGGACCUGACGGAAGCUUAUAUGUCGGCGAUUUUAACCUUGUUAGAAGAAUAACACCUGAUGGCAAAGUACACACUGUACUUCAGUUAAGUGCGACCCAAGUGGCCUACCAGUAUUACCUAGUCGUGUCUCCUGCGGAUGGUCACCUGUACAUUUCUGACCCGGAACGACAACAGGUGUUGAGGGCGUUGUCUCUCGAAUCGGUUCGUGAGCCGUCAAUAAACAGCGAACCUGUAGUUGGAAGUGGAGAACGUUGUAUACCAGGGGAUGAAGCAAGUUGCGGGGAUGAAGGACCAGCAUUGCAAGCGAGGUUGUCCCACCCGAAAGGUCUUGCAAUCGCUGCUGAUAAAACAAUGUAUAUUGCUGAUGGAACUAACAUUCGUGCAGUAGAUCCUAAAGGAAUAAUUCACACCCUGGUUGGUCAUCAUGGACACCAUAAUCAUUGGACGCCUGCUCCUUGUCAUGGGGCUAUUCCAGUUAGCCAGGCACAGCUUCAAUGGCCAACUGGACUUGCUCUCAGUCCUCUAGACGGAUCAUUGCACUUUAUUGAUGACCGUUUAGUACUAAAAUUAACCGCCGACAUGAAAGUCAAAGUAGUUGCUGGUCGACCUUUACACUGCAGUACAAAGAACCAGGAAAAUCAAGUUACAACUGAUACAAAUCACACAGAAACUGAUAAUGGAGAAAAUGUUUUGGGAACUGUUCUUGCCGUAGCCUUUUCGCCAACUGGUGAACUUUACAUUGCCGAAAGUGAAACUAGAAGAAUCAAUACCAUUCGAGUUGUUGAUACUGAUGGCAGAAUUAGGCACUUUGCAGGAAAACAACACGAUGGAUCUGGAAAUGCAUGUGAAUGUAACUCUACUUCAUCAACAACGACUCAAGGAUCUAUGACAUCAAGUCCAGCUUUAAACCAGCAAUGCAACUGCAACAAGGACGAUUCUACUAAAAGUCCACCAUCUGGUUCUCCAACAACUACCAUUUUAUCCUCACAAGCUAAAUUCCAAGCAAUUAGUGCUUUGGCAGUAUCACAGGACGGAGUAGUUCACGUAGCUGAUCAAGGUUCUCUGCAAAUUUUGUCUCUACAACAUUACCUUCCGACUCAUGACGAAAGUGGAGAGUUCCACAUUCCUUACCCUGCCACCAGCGAAAUUUACGUGUUCAAUCGCUAUGGACAACAUAUUGCAACUCGAGACUUGACUUCAGGCAAAACAAGAUACUCAUUUUUGUAUUCCAAAAAUACAAGUUUUGGCAAGUUAUCAACUGUCACUGAUAGUUCAGGAAAUAAAAUACAGUUCCUAAGAGAUUACAGCAAUGUGGUCAGCUCUAUUGAGAACACUCAAGAUCACAAAUUUGAAUUGAAAAUAUCGAGUGUCGGUUUUCUGACCAAGUUAUCUGAGAAAGGAAAGGCUGAUAUCGAGUUAGACUAUGAUGGAAGCACCGGAUUAUUGAACAGUAGAGCAGGGGGUAGUGACACGUAUCUGUACCAAUACGAUUGGCUGGGUCGUGUAACCCAAAUUAUUGUUCCUACUGGAGAAGUACUUCGAAUCGAAUCAAGUUUAGAAAAAACACCAGGAUUAUUUGUUGAAAUUAGGUCUAAUCAAGAUUCGUCUGCAACUUGCGAGCUCUUGCUUAAAGGUCAAUCUUUAAGAACUAUGGUUUUGAUGGAUGGAUCUGAAUCUAGUGAUCUAACAUUACAUUCCAAUAAUUCUAUAAGUCUUCGUAAGUCUGGCAGAGGUCUGGCAUUAGAUUCAUCAGCCUGGUUGCGACAUCCAUUGCUGGUACGAGAUGUCCCAAUUCUUGGAGAAAUGAUGCCUCUGUGGUCGCAACAGCGUGCGUCUGCUGAUGGCGAAGCUGAUGGUCACGAAGACGAUGAUUUAGGCUCACUUACUAAUUUUAUGAGCCAACGAUAUAUGCUGUCAGGAGAUGAAAGGAAUCCACAUCGAACUUUGAGCCGUGAAAUAUGGGUGAACAAUUCUCGAGUCUUCGGUGUCGAAUUCGAUCAAUUCACUAGUAAAGAAACAUUCUACGACCGUGAUAAGAAAACUCUUCUGACUACUUCAUUUGACCCCGCUGGUUUGCCCAAAUUUUACCAGCCGUCCGAUGGCCGAGCGCCUCUGAACAUCACUUACGAUCGAUUCAACCGAAUCGAAGGUUGGCACUGGGGUCCAGCAGAAGAGCAUUAUACCUACGACAGGAGAGGUUUUUUGGCUGAAGUUACAAGUCCCCAAGAUGGAACUAAAUCAUAUACAUACAAUGAUUGGAAUUUGGUUUCUGAAAUUACUUUGGCCAGUCAAAGGAGAUUCUUGUUUAGCUACGAUGGUGAUGGGGGUUUGAGGCAUGUUACUUUACCCAGUGGGACGAAGCAUUCUUUCAGUCUUCAACCAUCGAUAGGUUUCCUACGAUUCACAUACACACCUCCUGGUGCAUCUCGAUGUUACACUCGGCAUUACUCGCACUCCGGAGCCUUGCUUCAGACUGUUUUUCCUGGUGAUGGAGCCCGAGUUCUUUACCGGUACCAUGCUUCCGGAAAAUUGGCCGAACUCUUACAUGGUGACGGCAGAAGUGAAUUUUCUUAUUCGCCUGUUAGUGGAGCACCCAGCUCAGUUCUACAUCGAGACACAGAAUUAGAAUAUCGUUGGGAUUAUAGAUAUGCUGCUGGACUUUUAGUAGAAGAAAGGCUUGACUUCAGCGCUAAAACCGGCCUGAGUAACGCCAAAUUCACAUACGAAUAUGACUCCAAUUUCCGCGUCAGUUCAAUUCAAGGCCGAAUUGGUGGGCAGACUUUACCUGCACAUGGUUUGGCCUGGGAUCCGAUAACAGGUGCGGCCUCGCAAAUUGGCCAAUUUCGGGUAAGCCGACCACGCCCUGGAGAGACAAACGUCUUUGAUGGAACUGGCAGUUUUGUUCGGGAAACCGAUGAACGUUGCCUGGAACAAAGGGUCUCCGUCACAAUACACCGAAUGGAGGUAUUCCGUAUGGAAUUUUCACGAGAUUCUCGUGGCAGAAUUUCUCAAACUCGAACUUAUACGAGAAAUGUUGGUGUUAAUACUUAUACUAACAUGAAGAAUUAUACUUGGGAUUGUGAUGGUCAACUUAUUGGAGUCGAAGCCCAAGAACCUUGGGGAUUCCGAUAUGAUGAUAAUGGCAACAUGCUCUCCUUAACAUACAGAGGUAAUACGAUUCCUAUGGAAUACAAUAACCAAGAUCGUAUUAUGAAAUUUGGCGAAGGUCAAUACAAAUAUGAGUCUAGAGGUCUAGUUGCUCAAAACGCCCGAGAAGAGAGGUUCCGUUAUAAUGCGAGAGGUCUUUUGACCCGUGCGACCAAACGGGGUCGAUUCGAUGUUCGAUACUAUUAUGAUCAUAUUGACAGGCUUACUACACGGAAGGAUAACUUUGGCAAUGUUACGCAAUUUUUCUACACCAACCAAGAACGCUUGUAUGAAGUUAGUCAAAUAUAUUCACCGAGGGAUGGAAAAUUAAUGACACUCACCUAUGAUGAUAGAGGACAUUUAAUUUAUGCUCAGGUCUAUCGUCAUAGAUAUUAUGUGGCAACUGAUCAAUGUGGCACACCAAUAAUGGUAUUCAAUCAAUACGGCGAGGGUGUCAGAGAAAUAAUGAGAUCUCCAUAUGGUCAUAUUGUUUACGAUUCUAAUCCAUAUUUAUAUUUACCUGUUGACUUCUGUGGUGGUCUUCUAGAUCAAGUUACUUCUCUUGUACAUAUGCCAGGCGGUGGUGUUUAUGAUCCACUUAUAGGCCAAUGGAUGACUCCACAAUGGGAGAAAAUGUUGCAAAAAGUAGCAUCACCAACUCAUCUGCAUCUUUAUAGAUACAAUGGCAAUGAUCCUAUCAAUGUGCAACAUGAUAAUCACAGGCCUACAGGUGCUUGGGAGUGGCUGAAUCGAUUAGGAUACAAUUUGAAGAGUUUAGCACCGCAAUUGAAUGCCGAUUCUAUUCUUAAUCCUUCAUUACCUAGUGCCAACUUACCUGAUCUGACCGGUCAUGCGCCUCUGACCAUUGUUUCCGGAUUUUUAUCGCAGUUUGCUCGAGAACAUUUAUCUAACAGCAGACAAUUAUCAGGACCUUCAGAGUCUUCGUUAAAAUUAGAUGGGUCAGAACCAACUUUCAACAAAAUUGGUGCAGCAUCCGAACCACCUUUUGGCAAAGGCAUUGUAGUAUCCAGGACAACACAAGGACGUGCUAUUGUAUCGAGUGUUCCUGCUGCAAAUGCUAUAUACCGAGAUGUUUAUACUUCUGUUUUCAAUAGAUCUCUGCUUUUGGAAUUUAGUUUGGUAGUUCAUGGUGGUCAACAAGAUGCAUUCUUCUUUGUCAAAGAAGAUACUUGGAAAUCUGCUGAGGAUCGACAGCAAUUAAAACGGUUACAGGGUCAAGUAAAUACAACAUUCCAUGAAAUUGCUCGUGAAAAUGGCAGUGGUGCUGAUUAUUUGGAUGUCAAAAUCCAUGGCCCGCAUGCUGUGAUUAAUUUACGGUACGGAACGACAGUUGAUAGAGAAAGACAGAGGCUUCUCCAUCAUGCAAAAUUAUCAGCAGUUCGCAAGGCUUGGCACCGAGAAAAGGAGGCACUAAAAGCAGGAUUGUCUGGAGCAGUGGACUGGGCUCCUUCGGAAGUGGAAGAAAUCCUUAAAUCAGGUUAUGCAAACCAAUAUGAUGGUGAGUAUGUACAUAAUGUUUUACAGUACCCUGAACUCGCUGAAGAUCCAUACAAUAUUCGCUUUGUUAAUAACAAAGGCGGUCACAAUUCUAUGAAACGACGCAAAAGGUUUUGCGGAUCAGGUACUGGUUGCUAGUAUAAAUAUAAAUUAUUGCUUGAAAAGACUUUUACUCCAGAGCUUUAGACUGAAUUAUGAUCGGUCAUUGUCAGUAAACUAGAACCAAUGAUAU